AUGGCCUUUGUCACCAAAACUAUCAAGCUGGUCAGAUAUUGCCAAGACGAGAUCUAUUUUGGUCAGCUGCGUUUCUGCAUCACUGGGACAAUGGUGGUGCUUUAUGGGUUGCUAAUGGCUGUGGAGAUCAACGUGAUACGUGUUCGGGCAAUGAUCUAUAACAAAAUCCUGAGGCUUUCCACAUCUAAUUUGUCCAUGGGAGAGAUGACAUUAGGACAGAUCAAUAACCUGGUUGCCAUAGAAACAAACCAACUUAUGUGGUUCUUGUUCCUGUGUCCCAACUUGUGGGCUAUGCCCGUUCAGAUUAUUAUGGGAGUGAUCCUGCUCUACUAUUUACUCGGAAAGAGUGCGGUGGUGGGGGCGGCUGUGAUUUUACUGUUGGCUCCCAUCCAAUAUUUCAUUGCAACCAAGUUGGCCGAGGCCCAAAAAAGUACUCUU